ACACGUCAUUACAAUGCGCCUAUGUUGUCAGAUGGCAACAAAUCCAUCGCCUCGCCCUCAAAACAAGGCACCCAACCUAAUUUACAAUCAAUAAUCUAACCCGUAGAUUUAGAAUGCUUAUUAAAAUUAUCUGACAUCACCGAAGCACCCCGAAAGCGGGAUCAGAAGCUAAUUCUAUCGAAGAAGAAACCGUGAUCAUAUAACAGGUUUGAUAGAAGUGGACACAUGUCGUCUGCGUCAGAGACGAUGGAAAACGCCUCCAUCAUUUCAGACACCGGAGGCCAUGAUGGGAACCGAUUGUGGAUAGGCAACAUCGAUCCCAAAAUCACUGAGUAUCACUUGGUGAAGCUGUUGGAAAAGUUUGGCCAUGUCAAACAGUUUGACUUCCUGUUCCAUAAGUCCGGUCCUCUGGAGGGGCAACCGCGAGGCUACUGUUUUGUCAACUUUAACACCAGAGAGGAAGCCGAAAGAGCUAUCCACUGCUUGAAUGGCAAGCUAGCACUGUCCAAGAAAUUGGUUGUGCGUUGGGCACAUGCACAGAGGUUCGAAGCCUUCCGUAACGACAAGACGAUGCCUUCCAGCUUGGAACCGUCGAGCAGCGGCGACGGAGCCGACGGAGCCUUAACCACGAAUCACCUCAGUACGAGCGCUAAGAUCCGCGCCAUCGAGGCCAAGCUGCAGAUGAUGGAGGAGAAUCCAGAUGAGGAGUACUCAGGGCCGUCUGCCUACGUCUAUAACAAGCCGCCAGAGAGGAAGCGCUGGGAGCCCUACUCCAAAUCACACAGCAGGCCCUUUCGAAGGUUUAGGAGAUGACCCGUCCGCCCACUUUUCAAGGAGAACCCCCCCUCACACACACACACAACUCAGGCCCCCUCACCACCUCAACAGGAACUUCUUAAAAUGGGAAUUAAAGACAAUGACAUUUAUUGCGAACAACGAUGGACAAAUUAUGAAUUCAGUUGUUACAUUUUAUUUGAGUGUGCGUUUGUUGAUGUUUGGAAUGUGCAGGAAGUACUAAAGAAACGUUUGAAAAAAAAAAUGAAAUGCAAAACUGUUUGGAUUUCUUUUUUCUUUUAUUAUUUUUCUUCCCACCCUCAUUUAGUUUUAUUAAAGCAGGGGGUGUGGAAAUUAUCUACAAACUGUAGGUCAUAAUAUACCUCGAUUAUUUAACCAAUUCUCAAAGCAAUUUAAGCCUCAGGAGAAAAAAAACAUCUAACCCACAAAUGCUUAGAGUGUAUAAUAAACAUUUGUGUUCGUUUUGCAUCA